AUGAAUAUGCGAACUAAACGGAAUAAUAUAACAGGUUUCGUUUUCGUCUCGAUGGGUUCGUCGGUGCGCGCGUCGGGCAUGCCGGAAGCUCUUCGGCAAAUUUUCGUAGCAGCGUUCGCCACGCUUCCGUACAACAUCGUAUGGAAAUGGGAAGGUAUGAAAAUCAAGGACCUACCGCCGAACGUGAGAACGGCAGCGUGGUGGCCACAGCAGGAGCUCUUAGGCCAUGCGAAGCUGCGAGCUUUCGUGUCUCACGGAGGACUGUUAUCACUGCACGAGGCUGCUUAUCACGGCGCGCCAACCCUCGUUUUGCCCGUGUUCUGCGACCACGACGGCAACGCAGCGCAAGCUGGUAUAUUUAUCUUACGUAUUACCUGA